CAAGAAAUCAUAAUAAAGUGUCUCCUUUUAUCCAUCAAAUGAGAUGAAUUCAUCCUAGCAUGAAAAACGUACAUUUCUUUACUUAAUUAAUUAUACACUUACUUUUUAGUGUACUGUAAAUAAGUUUAACCCUGAGAAUUUUUCUUCAACAGAUCACAAUAAAGUGGUUUCAUAUGAGAUAUUAAGUGAGCAGUAUUCUAAUGUUACUGAAACACUGAUGACACAGGAACAUGAAGCCAAGGAGAUAGAAAAACUGUAUGAAGCACUGAAGGUGGAGCAUCAGCAAGUUCAGGAGAAUCUCGCAGCACGCAGUGAGACAGAGAAACUGAUUGGGAUGCUGAAGGCAAAAUACCAGCAAGCUCAUGAACGUCUCUCUGCAUGCAAUGCAAAACAAACCUGUACACUUUGUGAGGAAGGAUGGAAGUCUCUUGGUUUAAAGUGUUACUACUUCUCCACUCAUAAACUGAAAUGGACACAGAGUCGAGAUUACUGUGUGGAGAAAGGAGGUCACCUGGUGAUUAUAACCAGCCAAACUGAACAGAGCUUUUUAAUUUCACAAAUUGGAGAAACACACUGGAUUGGAUUGAAUGACUUGGAGACUGAGGGUCAGUGGAUGUGGGUGAACAACCAGCCCUUAAACGAGACGGGUGUAACGUUCUGGUUUAGUGCUCCAGAAGGACCAAAUGAGCCUGAUAACUGGAAAGAGGAGGACCCUUCUGGAGAGAAUUGUGCUACUCUGGGGAAUGCAAAUGUUAACACACAUAACUGGUUUGAUGCUUCUUGUAGUACAAUCAAAAAGUACAUCUGUGAAAAUUAAAAGACAUUUCACUUA